AUUCAAAAUAUUUUCGAAAAAAAAAGACCGCAGUAUGGCUUAAUUUGUGCAAAAAGUAAACUUCGUUUCCAGUUUCCAAAGCUGUUAAGGAUAAAACAGUCUUGGAACUAGCACUAGAGUAUGUCGUUUGACCCUUCUUUGAAAAACAAAAGCAGGUAUUACUUUUAGCAUGGCUUAUAUAAUCCUUGGCAUAAUCUUUUAAGGUAUACUAUUAAUAAACAUAAAAAAAAUAUAAAAUAAAAACAGUGAGUGGAAAUCCCACCUAAUCGUAAUUAAACGAUUAACGAGGCUGUAAUUACAUGUAUAACGUUUUUUUGAUGAUAACACAAAAGUUACAGAACAUUUCGCUCAUCGAGAAUGAAAGAAGUUAAUGUUUAUUUUUUUGUUGUGUUCGUCAUUUUAACUUGUAUCAAAGUUACCAGUUCGCAAAAUUGCACUGGAAAUCAGUUCAUAUCAAAUGGUGUUUGUAAAAAUUGUGGAGCCAACAGUUAUGCUAGUCGAGAUCAUUCGACGUGUCCAUGUAUUGAAGCAUCCGAUGGACUACCAUACAUUCGAUAUUUUGACGAAUCAACGAAUUAUGAAAAGCGAUGUUUUAAAACUCCUGGUAAACCAGUGAACGUAAGCUUCCACUCUGUCAAAGCAACUAGCGCAAGUAUUACUUGGCAGCCACCCAAUGUUACAGAUAGUAUCUUAAAAACAUCCUAUGAAGUUGGUGAACUGACUAAAUGUCAGAUUAUUGCUGGAACACAAAAAUGCACACUCAGCAUAUGGAAUGAUAACGAACCAAUCGCUAUCACUUCAUACAGUAAAAUAGAUCUUAUUCCCUUCACACGAUAUAAUGUGAUGGUAUGUUCGUUUAACGAUGCUACGAAGAGUCGCAAACCUCCUGUGCGGUCUUGCAGUAAUCACGUGUCAUUCACCACUGGUAAACAAGCUCCUCCUGCUUUACCAAAGCAAGAUUUUACAUUUCAGAAGAACUUAAAAUCGAAGAAGAUAAUCAUCCAUUUUGGAAAGCCAUCAUACUUUGGAUCUGAUGUUAUAAAGAUACAUCUGAAGUGUGACAAAUUGGAAUGGAUCAAUCAGACAUUCACUUUGAGCAACAUUUCACAAUCAACAUUUCAGAUGGAUGAACCGUGUGUCAACUUAUUACCAUGCUUUAUACAAGCUUCAAAUGAAGUUGGCUUUGGGAAUAAAACAACGAAAAUAUUCCAGUUAAACGCAAAUUGUAAGACUGAAGAAGAUGAUUCGUUAAAGAUUGAAGUUAUCAUUGCUAUAGUGUUGGUCUGUUUGCUGGCUACCUUUUUGCUAGUGGGUGGUCUUAUAUUUUGGAAUUGGAGAAGAAUUCAACUGCAAAAAGAAAAGAGAUGGAAAGAACAAUUAAUGAUGGCAGACCUCACUGCGCAAAGAACUGUGUUGCCUUUCAAACCGAGGAAUGUUUACGUGGACGCUGCGCAUGUGCAAGAAAUAGUGACAUCAUCAUUUGCAAAUGGUACCUUUGCUGCGUACGAUGACGUGGACGAAUCUUUAUACGAAAAAAAGAUUGAUCCCAACUACGAUUAUCCUCUUGAAAAACUGAACAUCAUCAAAAAAUUAGGCGAAGGGAAUUUCGCGUGUGUAUAUAAAGCCGAAGCAGAUAGUAUAAUCUCUAACGGCGUCAUAACUGCCGUUGCCGUAAAAUAUUUAAAAGAUAGUGCGGAUGCUAAAGAUAAAGAGGAUUUCCAGGCCGAACUUGAUUUAAUGAAGAAGCUGGACGCGCAUCCUAAUGUUGUACAGUUGCUAGGUUGCUGUAAAGGGAAAGAGAUUACAGCUAUGAUAGUGGAAUUUCUUGCGUGCGGCGAUUUGCUUGACCUCCUAAGACGUUCUAGAGAGCUUAAAACAGACAAUAAGCAAGACGUUCCGUGUACGUUUCUAUCCGAAAAUGAUUUUUUAAACUUCUCACACGAUGUGGCAUGUGGCAUGGCACAUCUUGCAGCAGCUAAUAUUGUCCAUCGAGACCUUGCUUGUCGGAAUGUGUUAGUUACAGGGUCGGGAGUCUGUAAAGUGGCUGAUUUGGGAUUGGCGCGAAUUUUAGAUGAGGAUGGUAUUUUCUUAAGAGAAAAAAAUGCAAAAUUACCAAUCAAGUGGAUGUCGCCAGAAUCUUUAAGGAAUGGUGUGUGUUCUACAAAAAGUGACGUUUGGUCAUUUGGUAUCGUGCUGUGGGAAAUUGUAACAAUAGGUGCUUCACCAUACCCUGGUUAUAAGUCGAAAGAUGUUGUUGAAUUGUUACUAAAGAUGUACAGAAUGCCGAAACCAAGUCAUUGUAACGAUGUGUUAUAUGAUAUAAUGUGUUCAUGUUGGGAAGAAGAAGCGACUCAGCGGCCAGAAUUCUCCACUUUAAAGAAACAUUUUUAUCACAUGAAGACGGCGGAUGAUACAACUUAUCUUAAUAUGGAUGAUUAUUGUGAAUCUUCCUACACGACAUUUGACAACCAGGACGAUGAUGUUGUCAUCGAUGCAGUGGAGAAUUUUAAAAAACCAAUGUAUUAAAAGAGCUACGAAAUGAGAAAUUUACUUUCGACUUUAGUGGCCUACACCAAAUUAGUCGUGUUGGUUGUGGCGGUAGUGGGCACGUGCUGUGAACGGAGAAGAGCCGAUUAUAACUGGAUGAUUACCCAUUUGGACAUUCUGCCUGUAUAAAUAACCUGCCCUUUGUAUUUACUUAUAGUCAACCUGCAUUUCAUCACUAAACUUUACAAUUUUUUUUUUGUUAUGUGUAUAUAUACUUUGUAUGAUAGAUUUUUUAACUAAUUUGCUACUUACUAGGUAAUCUUUGUUUAUCAGGACAGGAAGGCGACGGUGGUUUUUUUUCCGCCAUCCUGAUAUAAAAAGAUACGAAGCCUGUAAUCUAGGUUGGACACCCUUUGGAUCAUGUGCUAACAACUUAUAGACAGAGCCAUCAGUUCAACUGAAGUUUUUUUUAAAAUUUUCAUUGUUUUUAAUUUGUUCUUAUUUUGCCAGCCAUUUCCCGCCUUAUUAAUCUGUAAAUUUAUUCGAAUAAAAAGUUAAACCUGUGCUUA